CCCAAGGGAGGUUGAGGUAAAAAACCUUGCCUCGGUUUUACAGGCUGUUCUCGUUGUUGCUCACACGGAGCGCGUGAAUUGACCUCAAACCCCAAGCCCUCCUCUCUUCUUCUCAGGGGAAGCCCAGUCCCCAAGGACAAAACCGUAAUUACACCUAGCCUCACACGCUGAUCUCCUUGUUCCCUUGUUUUUCAAAAAUCCAGAUCUACGAAUCCCUCUCUUUUGAGUCCGUACAACCAUCAUCGUCGAGAAAGAAACCCUAAUCUCUCUAAUUCGAGGGCUUCAACGAUGGGGGAUUUCAAUCUGGCCCUAGUGAUCGUGGCCAUAGUGGUGUGCGUUCUCGUCUUCCUCUUCAACAUCUACCUUCUCGUGAAUUACCAGCAUCCCGACGAUGCAAACCAGGCUUAUUUUCCCAAAUUCGUUGUCGUUUUGGGGCUCUCCAUUGCCUCCAUUUCAAUCCUCAUGCUUCCCGCCGACGUUGCCAAUCGGCAAGCCUGUCGGCAUGCGAUAUAUAAUGGCGCAUGUAACUUUACCCUGCCGAUGAGGGAUCUGUGGCUCGCCAUUUACAUUGUUGAUGCUGUACUCGUAUUCUUUGUUAUUCCCUUCGCCAUGUUCUACUACGAAGGAGACCAGGACAAGAGCGUUGGCAAGCGGAUAAAAAGUGCCUUAUUAUGGGUCAUCACUACAGCCAUCGUCUGUGCUCUUGUGCUUGGCAUUCUAUAUGGGCUAGUCGGAAAGGUGGACUUCACUAUUAGGCACCUCUCUUCAUCCACAACUUCCUUUCCAACGUCAUGGGAAUUUUCCAGUAGCCAACAAUGUAUUGGAAGUGGCACACACCAGUGCUCUGCUUAUUCUGCAAGUGCUUCAUCUGAGAAAACAUGGACAAUGCGCACUACUUUUCCAGAAUAUGUUGUUGCUCUUGCUACCAUUGUCGGAUCUGUACUUUUCUCUAUAUUUGGAGGGGUUGGUAUUGCUUGUUUGCCAUUGGGACUUAUAUUUUCAUUCAUUCGGCGUCCCAAGGCUGUUAUCACACGUUCACAGUAUAUUAAGGAAGCCACUGAACUAGGUAAAAAGGCAAGAGACUUGAAGAAAGCGGCUGAUGCGCUCCAUCAGGAAGAAAGAAGUGGUUCCAAGGGUAGAAAGUGGCGUAAAAAUGUGAAGGCAGUAGAGAAGGAGUUGCUUCAGUUGGAAGAUGAUGUAAAGGCUUUAGAAGAGAUGUACCCGCAGGGAGAAAAGGCUGAGACUACAUGGGCUUUGACCGUCCUUGGCUACUUGGCAAAACUUGUGUUGGGUAUUUUAGGGUUGAUUGUUUCAGUGGCUUGGAUUGCUCAUAUCGUCAUAUAUUUGCUGAUUGAUCCUCCUCUAUCUCCUUUCUUAAAUGAGGUUUUCAUCAAGCUAGAUGAUGUCUGGGGUCUUUUGGGUACUGCAGCAUUUGCAUUCUUCUGCUUCUACCUUCUGCUUGCGGUGAUUGCAGGGGCAAUGAUGCUUGGACUUAGAUUAGUUUUCAUUACAAUCCAUCCCAUGAAGUGGGGUGCCACUCUUAUGAACUCCUUUCUUUUUAAUGUGGGACUUAUUCUCCUGUGUUCCAUCAGUGUGAUUCAAUUCUGUGCCACAGCAUUUGGAUACUAUGCUCAAGCAACUGCUGCACAGGAAAUAUUUGGCCACACACUGGAAUCUCUCAGAGGAAUUAAAUAUUUAUACAAGUAUAAUGUGUUUCAAAUCGCAUUUAUUGUUCUUGCCGGAUUGACCUUCAUAUAUUAUGCGGCCUUUGGAUGGAGAAGAAGAAGACCUAGUGGCAGGUUCCAGCUGUCCAGUUGAAUUGUAUCUUUGCCCGGGAGAGCACACACCCACCUGGAGCUUUUGUAGUUCACAGUUUUAUCUUUAUUCCGGAGAGAAUUUCUUAUUCGGAUGUGUAUGGCCCCCUUCUUUCCUUUUAAUGUUGAGAUGUCUACAGUAGGCACAAAUCAUCCGGAUGAAAUUUAGUCGCUCUAGUGUGGAAGUUUCCUCACUUCAUGCAUGUAUUGUUCCUUGUUUGAUUUAUGUUAUACAUUUGCUUGGGCGUGUGAUUGAGAUAUCUCGUGUAACAUGGGGACUGGGUUUUGGGUUGCCCUUCAAUGUAAUAUAAUCUUUGAGAACAAGAAGUUUUAUGAUCAGCAUUUCAUUUUCAUGUA